CUGGCAGUUCGCUGCGACUCGGCGUGCAGGAAGGACCUACCUCGGUACCUACUCACACUGUAAUCCCACAUAUUUAUAAUAUUUAUUGUAAUAAAGAAACACACAGAAAAUAUUAAACUUAAUUAUAAUAAUCUACUCAAUAAUAAUCAAACGGAAAUACCUAAAAUAUUAAAAUAUUACAAAGAGCAGUUGGUUGUUUUUAUUCUUAUAGUUUUUGUUCGUGCAGUGAAUCGUGCGCUUUCACCACAUGUGCGAACUGUAGUGAACUUCUAAUUCUCCAUGGUUUAAGCCGCGCUGAAUUAAUCAAUCGUGCGCGGUAUUAAUUGACCGGUUAUUGGCUAUAAAUAGCAAUAAUAGUGUUAGACAUUAACCCAAGGCGCUGCUUAAAAAGUGAAAAGUUGACAAAGUGGAUUAGUAUAGUAAUAGUAAUAUAAAAAUUUAAAAACAAUAAAAAAACAAAGAAAAAUUGGUUAUCUGGACUCCUCCUAAAGUCAAGUAAACGAAAUGACACACCAUAAAAGAAGCUGCGUGACGCAUCUUCUACGAUUUGAGAACGUCACGCGAGAAAGUGUCUUCUUCUUUUGUUGCUGCCUACUUUUAUUUACUAUAAACGGAUCACAAGUUCAAGCUCAAGAUGACAUCGAAGACGUAGAAGUUGUCGAGGAGUCCACAUCAAAGAAACCUCAAACGGUGCAAGACUUGUACAACACCUCCUCAUGCAUACCGAAACCGUUCACAUGUCCACAUCCGCAAAUCCAAUACUACUUAUACACAAGGAGAACGCAAGCAUCCCCAGAACUAAUCAGUACAAUGAAACUGGAUUCCUUAUACAAAUCAAACUUCAAUCGUGCGCAUGAAACAAAAAUCGUCGUUCAUGGUUUCGGUGGCGGACGAAAUCUAUCGCCGAGUACCGACAUGCGUGAUGCGUAUUUCUACCGAGGUAAUUACAACAUCUUCAUCGUCGAUUACGGCACAUUGGUCAAGGAACCGUGUCUGAAGCAAAUGGAAUGGGCGCCGCGUUUCUGCGCGCUGUGCAUCGCGCACCUUGUGCGUUAUUUGACUCAACAUCCGCGGGGCAUCAGAGCUGAUCAACUACACUUGAUAGGAUAUAGUGUGGGUGCGCAUAUUUCCGGUCUGGUAGCCAACUUUUUAGAUCCACAAUUGGAUGGCAAACUAGGUCGAAUUACAGGUUUAGACCCUACGAUUGUGUUUUACUCAGCGGCAAAUACAACCAGAGACUUGGAUCCAUCAGAUGCACACUUCGUGGAUAUUCUACAUACGAAUUCAGGGAUUCUAGGCCAAUGGGGACCGAAUGGACACGCUGACUUUUACAUCAAUGGCGGUUCAAGCCAACCAGGCUGUGCAAGCGAUACAAUUUUCAAAACGCUCGCGUGCGACCACACGAAAGUGACACCAUACUUCAUCGAGUCCAUCGUGUCGAAGAAAGGCUUCUGGGCGUAUCCGUGCCCGACGCUCAUCAGCUUCUUGCUACGCAUUUGUGAUCCCGACGAGUCGGAAUAUGUGCAAAUGGGCGAGCAUGUCGACCGACGCAAAGCUCGAGGUGUGUAUUACGUUACAACAAAUGCCCAUCCGCCGUUUUCGCAAGGCCAUCCACUCCGAGAAACACUCGCCAGCACGAAUCGUCUCCGACGUCGAAAUCCCAACUGGCUUUUCCGGAAGUAAACCUUUAUUCAUAAAAACAAGUGAUAGCACACUUUUUGUAUCAAAAAAUGAUGUUUAAUAGUAUAUAAAACUUUCUUGCCUGGUUAAAAGUUAAUGGUUAGUCAAAUUAUGUAACUGGGGAGAACUGUAAUAUUUUUCUAUGUUUAAUUUACAAUUUAUCAUUGAAUCGCCCAGUUUUUUCUUGUUUUACAAUGUUUUUACUUUAGUUUUGGAAAAAAAUUAUUUUUAUUUUUAUUUUAGGAGUAGAAAGCAUUUAAAUAUGUAAUACGUUUUUGUAUAGCGUUGUCUGAGAUGUAAAUAUAUUUUAAAUUAUUUAAACAAAAAAAUGCAAAUCUGUUUAAUC